AUGUCGGCUCCUAUGAUAGCAUGGCUACCUUCAGUGAACAGAGUUUACAGAUAUCUGACAAGUAGCGAUUGGUCUGCGCAGUCAAUCGACCUCGAAAGUGUGCCAAUACACGAUGUGGAAACAGCUCCAGAAAAGCGACCGAGAACAUUAAAGCACUUACUCAAAGCGAACCACAUCAACCAUUCGGUCCUCUACCAUAACCUCGAAUACCAUAACCACCUACCGCAUAUCCUAGGCUCCGCAUACAUUCUCGGCGCAAACCAUGAUCAAUUACAGAAGAUAUACGACCAUGAAUCGCGGAGCUUGGAGGGAUGGAAAGACUCCCCCGCCGAGAUCACAGAUGCAGACUGGAGGGAAUUCCUAGGAAACCACAACUACCAACGCGCAUACGUAGAUUUCUUUGAAGACGAGCUCGCCCUGAAAUUCGACUAUGACUGGAAAAAGGUAGCAGAAGAGUACCUUUUCACCGGCAAACAACCACUCAUCAAUGGAGUCAUUUCAGGACUUGGCCAUCCCCUAAUCCAUCUCGGCUACGCCUAUGAAUUCUCCUCGAAAGAACUCGGCAUGGAAGCCCUAGCGCUAUCAUCCUGCUCCUACUCCUCCCUCCACAAAUACCUCGACGACCCCUCCUACACCCGACCCUCCACAUACAGUACAACCUCCCCCCUCGAAAUCCUACACAAAAUCCACAACGACACCCGAUUCGACGGACUCUUCCCCUCAAAAGGCUUCCAAAACUUCGACAUCCUCUUCUCGCAGCACGAAAACCUGAUCUUGGAAUACUGGAACGCCUGGACAAUCUCAGACCCCAAGACCCAAUUCCGCGAGUCGCAGGAAGCGGCGAUAGACCUCUUGAUCAAGACGGUGAAGCCGGGAACACACGCGUAUGAUUUCUUCAUGGUACAUAUCCUUACGACGUCGCACGCGGUACGGAUCUUAAUUCCGCUGAUCCCGAAGCGAUUCCACGUUAGUUUGGUGCGACAGUGGUGGUUACUUACCAUCGCGGUGUAUAUCAUGCAAUUGAGGCCGGAGAUUGAUGAGGAUAUUGUUGGAAAGCCUGGAGGGAAGAGCUGGGGGUAUGUGGAUAAGAUGGCGGUGGAGGGGGGGUGGAGUGCGGAUGCGCAUUUUGUUAAAGCUGUACGCGCGAUAAAGGAAGCUGCGUUUACGUGGGGUGAUGUGCAUGAGAAAUAUCUCUCUGCUGCUGUAUAUUUGGUGGACGAUUUCAAGGGAUGGACUGGAUUUGGAUCUGCAGAAGAGGAGCAAGCUAGUUUGGGAUAUUGA